CUUCUGUAGUCGCACCAUGGACCUUCCAGGUUUAAUCCAGCAAGCAAACUGAGAAGAUUCCUGUUCAGGCUCAGUUACCCAACACUAGGAACCUGCUAGAGUGACUGGCUGUAGCACCAUGAAUCUAGAGAAGAAUGGCGCACGAGAGAGGGAAGCUGAAGGCUGGAGAUGGAGCUUGGACCUAGUUACUAAACUGGCGCUGUCCAUUGUGCUGAUGCUCUUUGCGCCCCCUCUGGUGAAUGCGCAGAAUGACACGGAGCCUAUCGUGCUGGAAGGCAAGUGCCUGGUGGUCUGCGACUCAAACCCGUCUUCUGAUGGAGCCGCCACCUCCUCUUUAGGGAUCUCAGUUCGCUCUGGGAGUGCCAAGGUCGGCUUCUCAGUUAUUAGGAGCACCAACCAUGAGCCGCCUGAGAUGAUCAAUCGCACCAACACCAUCUAUUUUGAUCAGGUGCUGGUAAAUGUUGGGAAUCACUUUGACCUUGCCUCCAGCACAUUUACAGCUCCAAGGAAGGGGAUCUAUAGCUUCAGUUUCCACGUGGUGAAGGUGUACAACAGGCAAACGAUUCAGGUAAGUCUAAUGCAGAACAACUACGCGGUGAUCUCUGCCUUUGCUGGGGACCAGGAUGUGACCAGAGAAGCAGCAAGUAAUGGAGUUCUUCUGCACAUGGAAAGAUCUGAUAAAGUCCAUCUAAGACUGGAAAGAGGGAACCUUAUGGGAGGUUGGCAAUAUUCCACCUUCUCUGGCUUUUUAAUUUUUCCACUAUAAAACAAAACAAAGCAGGAGUUCUGGAUUUUGUUUCUUUCCAUGUAGCCAUUAAUGUGGCGGAACAAAGACAUCACUUUUUCAGCCUCCCUCCCACUAAAGAAGAAUUCAUUCUCUUCUCUCCAAAAUAUUAAACUUUGGCAUCGUCAUUUUUUUUUCUCCCCCCGCUGGGAAACGGCUCAUCUAAUUCGUUUUAGACGACAGUGAUCUUUAGGAUAAAUGAAUUUAUCGACCCAAGCAAUUUGUACCCGUGAUUGUAAAGUCAAUAUCGGAAUUUAUUUUGUUGGGAUCAUUGACUCUUUUCUUUUUUCGUUGUUGUUGCUGCUGAGACGAAUCCUUGGACCACAGAGUCAAGAAUGACACACAAAAAAAAAAAA